UAUUACUGUGCUCAUUGUAUGGCAACUUCCAGGGCGGAUAAUGAGUGUUGUAUCAAUAAUUGGACGAAAUGGUCAUGUUGGUAUAUGACUAAUUGUGUAAUUGUUUUGGAAUAAGGUCUUGCUAAAUGGAACGUCGUAUAUUUAACAACGUUGGCGUCUCAUUUGAAUCAAUAGCUUAAACAGCAUGACUUUUAAUAACAGAAAAGAACAUAAUUUGCUUGUUUUAUGUGGAAUAUAGAUGAGAGAUGAGCUGGAAUGUACAAGGGCUAGUGGAAGAUGCCUUGACAUCUUCAACACGUGCGAUACAAUUUGAUCGUGACAGGCAACAUGAAGUUGCUGCAUUUUACUACCGCGAAGCAGCAAGAUUUCUUGAGUUAGCUAUCUCAGGCACUGCCGAUGAUGGAAACAAAGAGUCGUGGACAAAAAAGGCAGCUGAGUAUAAGGAGCGUGCUCAGGCACUUGAUCAGCUUAGGCUGAACCAGCAAGCUGCAGUACAGUCUGUGGUGCUGUCGGAGAGUCAGAAACAGCUGCAGCAGUGUCGCUUCUUGCUCUGUCAGGCACUGGACGCAGACGAGGCAGGCAACAGAGAUGAAGCUGUGGAGCUGUACACACAGGCUGUUGAUCUGGGAAUCCGCGCGAGGUCAUCAGCCCAAGACCCUGAGCUUCAGAAUAAGCUUGCUUCUUUGGCUCGUCAGGCACUGGAGCGGGCUGAGGAACUGAAAGGUAUCUUGCCACAGGUUGAGGAGAAACCCACAAGUCAUGUAUCUGUACAGCCAAAAUUGUGUUCAGUGCCAGAGUACACCAGUCCCAAUGUGAGUGUGCAGGCCACGGCUGCAACCAACAGAGGAGCAGGGAAAGCUCAGUUGCACAGGGGCAGUAGUGCACACCUGAAAGUCACAGGAGGCCAGGACACCUACACAGAGGAGGAGAAGAGAGUUCUGCUCCAAACAUCACACAUAAACCGGAAGGAGUAUGUGCCCUUCAUGAAUAUGGAUCUAGGGGAACGUUUCCAGUAUUCUCUUCCCUUCACUGACCGAGAUGGACACCUUGCUCUGUCACCAAAGCAGAGGAGAGACUUCGUCCGUUGGGCUCGUCCUGAUGAAAUCUUCCCUGAACCUAAGAUGGUGAUUGGCCAACAUGUCGACUGUUUCAGCAUUAAACAGACGGUUGUGUCUGAUUGUUCAUUUGUCGCCUCGCUUGCUGUGAGUGCUCUUUAUGAACGUCGUUUUGGACGGCGGCUGGUCACAUCAAUCAUCUAUCCUCGGAACAGUAAGAAGGAGCCCAUCUAUAAUCCAUUUGGCAAGUACAUGGUAAAGCUGCAUAUUAAUGGAAUACCCCGCAAAGUUAUAAUUGAUGAUUACUUGCCUGUUGGCAAACAUGGGGGACUGUUGUGCUCGUACUCAACAAACAACGGUGAACUGUGGAUUUCGCUGCUGGAGAAGGCCUACAUGAAAGUUAUGGGAGGUUAUGACUUCCCAGGAUCCAAUAGUAACAUUGAUCUUCAUGCACUCACAGGCUGGAUACCAGAACGCAUGUCAGUCAGGGCCAGUGAACCUGACUUUAAUGCAGAUGCUUUGUUUGACAAGCUGCUGAAUCGUCUUCAUAAAGGGGAUGUACUGGUCACUGUGGCAACGGGUGAGAUGAGUGAGGCUGAAGCUGAUAGGUCAGGGCUGGUCCCAACACAUGCGUAUGCUGUCCUAGAUGUGCGCACGGUCAAGGGUGUGCGGCUUCUGCAGUUGAAGAACCCGUGGUCACAUGUGCGAUGGAGAGGUAACUAUUCUGAGCUGGAUACGAAGCAUUGGACCCCAGAGUUACGCCAGACUUUAAAUUUUGAUCCUACUAGUGCUGCCAUGUUUGACAAUGGAGUAUUCUGGAUUGAUUAUGAUUCUAUCCUGAGGUUCUAUGAUGUCUUCUAUCUGAACUGGAACCCAGGACUCUUCUCAUAUACAUAUUGCAUUCACCAGUCUUGGAGUGCAGGAACGGGUCCCAUUAAAGACGCAUAUAACAUCGGUGAAAACCCACAGUUUCGAAUGGAGGUGAAGCCUGGUGCGUCUGGUGCUGUGUGGAUCCUACUCACGCGACAUAUCACACAGAUAGAUGACUUCAGGGAGAAUCGCGAAUAUAUCACAGUUCUGGUGUAUAAGAAUGAUGGUCGACGUGUUUAUUAUCCUUAUGAUCCAGCACCCUUUAUUGAUGGUGUUCGUAUCAACAGCCCACACUACUUAUGCAAGAUUAUCCUGAACGAGAGCAGUUCGCAUCGCUACACACUCGUUAUAUCACAGUAUGAGAAAACAAACACAAUUUUCUAUACCUUGCGUGCCUAUGCAACAUGCCCCUUCACAUUGGCGAAGAUAAGUAGCCCGUAUGAAUAUACACAGAAGGUUACAGAUGGCCAGUGGAAAGGUGUGACAGCAGGUGGCUGUGCCAACCACCCCACACACGUCAACAACCCUUGUUACCAAAUGAAAUUGGAGUCAUCACAUAAUAAUAACCAGGUUUUGUUGGAUCUCAGGGGCCCCAAAUUGUACCAGAUUGGUCUAGAGAUUAUUUGUGUUGUGGUCAAUGACCAGAAUGCACCUGGUGCUUUCAAGAGGAAACAUUCAGGGCCAUUUAGGUCAGGCUUUGUAGUGCUGGCCUUGGAGGAUGUACCUGCCGGAACAUACAGUAUUGUUCCAUCUACCUUCUUGCCUAAUCAAGAGGGCCCUUUCAUUCUGACUGUGAAAGCGUCCUGUCCUAUCUCAUUGGCUCAGCUGCAGUGAUUCUACUUCUAAAGGAGUUGUCGUGUGGAGCACUGUCAUGUUGAUGUGGGAUAGUAUAUACACUGAAGACAUGGUAAUCUAAUGGAUAUAACCUGGGGAACUUGGUGGCCAUUCUAUCAAAUUCACAAAUUCAACUGUAGCUUCAUCCACCACUUUCAAAGGGCAAGUAAUAUGAAUGUAAAAAUGCCUAUAUUUAUUAUUACAAACAGAAAAUAUUCUUCUGUAUAAUGAAAGAGUUGAACCAAAUAAAUCUCUGUAUACACAUAAUUAGAUAUGUUCUAUAAAACUUACAUGAGCUUACGUCAAAUCUGUAGAUACAUUCGUGUUUACCAUUUUGAUAGCUACCCAAUAUACUGACUUUCUGAACAAUAAGAACAGCUAAUUUUA